AGGGAGGGGCAGGGCGGACGGCUGCUGUUCGUUCCUCAAUGGGCUCGGGCGGCGCGCUGCCGCCGGCACCUAAGCCGGCGUGGGAUAAAAGAUUGCCCUCUCAGAGAAACUUAACCUAUGGGGUUUUGUUGGAGCAACAACUCAAUGAACUGAUGAUAGCAGUUAAAGUGCAUUUGGCAGCUGACUUUGUCACAGUAACAAGUGACUGCAAGAAGUGACAAACUGCAAAGGAUUUGUAUGUUCCCUGGCUGCGGAGAAUAUGCACAGUAUCUCAGCUAUUGGAGUGGCUGUAGUUUCAACAUAGAUCAGUUUAGUGCUUGUAAAGAUGUCUGUUAGUGCAACAGAGAGUGACCCUCCUAGGUUCUUUGUGGGUGGCGAAGAUGGAGAUGAAUUAUUGGAUUCAUCCAGAUCUGUCAACUUCGAUCAUUUCUAUGACCAUGCAGAAGAGGAGGAUGAAGAGUAUGAUUCUCCACCAGAAAGGCUGAUUGUGGUUGGGAUAUGUUCCAUGGCAAAGAAAUCCAAGUCCAAACCAAUGAACGAAAUUCUGGAACGCCUCUCCAUGUUUAAGUACAUCACAGUGGUAAUAUUUGAAGAGGAUGUCAUUUUGAAUGAACCUGUAGAAAACUGGCCUUUAUGUGACUGUCUCAUUUCUUUUCAUUCUAAAGGAUUUCCACUGGACAAAGCAGUUGCCUAUGCAAAACUCAGGAAUCCGUUUGUAAUCAAUGACUUGAAUAUGCAGUAUCGCAUACAAGAUAGGAGAGAAGUGUAUAGCAUCCUCAAAGCUGAAGGCAUUUUACUUCCUCGUUAUGCAAUUCUGAACCGUGAUCCAAACAAUCCCAAAGAAUGCAAUUUGAUUGAAGGAGAAGACCAGGUGGAGGUGAAUGGGGAAGUUUUCCAAAAGCCAUUUGUAGAGAAGCCAGUGAGUGCCGAGGACCACAAUGUAUACAUUUAUUAUCCAACAUCUGCUGGCGGUGGAAGCCAAAGGCUUUUUCGAAAGAUUGGCAGCAGGAGCAGUGUUUAUUCACCUGAAAGCAAUGUGAGAAAGACGGGCUCAUACAUUUAUGAGGAGUUCAUGCCUACAGAUGGCACUGAUGUAAAGGUGUACACAGUAGGUCCAGACUAUGCACAUGCUGAAGCGAGGAAGUCCCCAGCUUUGGAUGGCAAGGUAGAACGAGACAGUGAAGGAAAAGAAGUGAGAUAUCCAGUCAUCCUGAAUGCAAGAGAGAAGUUGAUUGCUUGGAAAGUAUGCCUUGCAUUUAAGCAAACAGUUUGUGGCUUUGACUUGUUGCGUGCUAAUGGACAGUCCUAUGUCUGUGACGUCAAUGGCUUCAGUUUUGUGAAGAACUCCAUGAAAUACUAUGAUGAUUGUGCGAAGAUACUUGGAAAUAUCAUAAUGCGAGAACUUGCUCCACAAUUUCAAAUCCCAUGGUCAAUACCUUUGGAAGCUGAAGAUAUCCCUAUUGUGCCAACCACAUCUGGAACAAUGAUGGAGUUGAGAUGUGUUAUAGCUGUAAUACGUCACGGGGACCGUACACCAAAACAAAAAAUGAAAAUGGAAGUUAAACAUCAAAAAUUUUUUGAUCUCUUUGAAAAAUGUGAUGGAUAUAAGUCUGGAAAGCUAAAACUGAAGAAACCAAAACAGUUACAGGAGGUGCUUGAUAUAGCAAGACAGCUCCUACUAGAACUUGGGCAAAACAAUGACUCUGAAAUUGAAGAAAGCAAAGCAAAACUUGAGCAGCUGAAGACUGUUUUGGAGAUGUAUGGGCAUUUUUCUGGCAUAAAUCGCAAAGUCCAGUUAACCUAUCUCCCUCAUGGCUGUCCGAAAACUUCUAGUGAAGAAGAAGAUAACAGAAGAGAUGAACCAUCUCUACUUCUGGUUCUGAAAUGGGGAGGAGAACUGACCCCUGCAGGCAGGGUCCAGGCAGAGGAGCUAGGGAGAGCUUUCAGAUGCAUGUACCCAGGUGGACAAGGAGAUUAUGCUGGAUUUCCUGGAUGUGGUUUACUUAGAUUACAUAGUACUUAUCGACAUGAUCUGAAAAUCUAUGCUUCUGAUGAGGGACGAGUUCAGAUGACUGCAGCAGCUUUUGCAAAGGGAUUACUGGCUUUAGAGGGAGAGCUGACUCCUAUUCUUGUCCAGAUGGUGAAAAGUGCUAAUAUGAAUGGUCUGUUGGACAGUGACAGUGACUCUUUAAGCAGCUGCCAGCAUCGUGUUAAAGCAAGGCUCCAUGAAAUACUCCAGAGGGACAGAGAAUUUACGCCUGAAGACUAUGAAAAGCUUACUCCAUCUGGAAGCAUCUCUCUGAUAAAAUCAAUGAAGGUGAUCAGAAAUCCUGUGAGAACAUGUGACAAGGUUUAUUCCUUGAUUCAGAGUUUAACUUCUCAAAUCAGGCAGCGAAUGGAAGAUCCCAAGUCCGCGGAUAUUCAACUUUACCAUAGUGAAACGCUAGAGUUAAUGCUGCGCAGGUGGGCCAAGCUGGAAAAGGACUUUAAAACAAAGAAUGGACGAUAUGACAUCAGCAAAAUCCCUGAUAUAUACGACUGUAUAAAAUAUGAUGUCCAACAUAAUGGCUCCUUAAAAUUAGAAAACACAAUGGAAAUAUACAGGCUAUCAAAGGCGUUAGCUGACAUUGUGAUCCCUCAGGAAUAUGGUAUUUCCAAGGCUGAGAAACUAGAGAUUGCCAAAGGCUACUGCACACCUCUAGUUAGGAAAAUUCGUUCUGACCUUCAGAGGACUCAGGAUGACGACACUGUAAACAAGCUUCACCCUCUAUACUCCAGAGGUGUUAUGUCUCCUGAACGUCAUGUUCGUACUCGGUUAUAUUUCACAAGUGAGAGUCAUGUCCACUCCUUAUUAUCAACUCUUCGUUAUGGUGCCUUAUGUGACGAGUCAAAAGAGGAACAGUGGAAACGAGCUAUGGACUAUCUCAAUAUUGUCAGUGAACUCAAUUACAUGACCCAGAUUGUUAUCAUGCUGUAUGAGGAUCCAAACAAGGAACUUUCUUCAGAGGAACGUUUUCAUGUGGAGCUUCACUUUAGUCCCGGAGCUAAAGGCUGUGAAGAGGAUAAAAACUUACCAGCUGGUUUUGGAUAUAGACCUGCCUCCCGAGAGAAUGAAGGCUCAAAGAAAAUCUGCCAUAAAAAUGAUAGUGAUGAGGAGUCACAUACUUCUAAAAGGGAUGAAACGGAUCGAUCAGUAGUGGUAUUCAAGCCAAUGGUGUCAGACCCAAUUCACAUACACAGAAAGUCGCCCCUUCCAAGAUCCAGGAAGAUUGGUUCUGUUGAAGAAGAGAGCCCCCUGAGUGUGUCUAGCCCAGAGUGUAUUGGUACCUGGCUGCAUUACACCAGUGGUGUGGGUACUGGGCGUCGAAGACGCAGAUCAGGGGAACAAAUCACUUCUUCCCCUGUCUCCCCUAAAUCAUUGGCUUUCACAUCCAGUAUUUUUGGCUCAUGGCAACAGGUCCUCUCGGAGAACAAUAGUAACUUACGAACACCAAGAACUAUUCUGGAACAAAAGCAGAGUGGUUUAGGGUCUCACUGUGCGGGCCUGUUUAGCACCUCAGUACUCGGGGGUUCUUCAAGCGCACCUAACCUACAGGAUUAUGCUCGUACUCAACGUAAAAAGCUGACUUCUUCUGGCUGCAUAGAUGACACCACACGUGGUUCUGCUGUUAAAAGAUUUUCUAUCUCAUUUGCUCGACACCCAACCAAUGGUUUUGAACUAUAUUCCAUGGUGCCUUCCAUCUGCCCUCUAGAAACCCUGCACAACUCCCUGUCUUUAAAGCAGGUGGAUGAAUUUCUUGCCUCCAUUGCUGCUACUUCAAGUGACAACCUACCGGAGAUGUCUGCUGCUCUAUGUUCUUCAGCGUAUUUGAGUUCACUGUCUGGAAGAAAAAGUUCUUUAAAUACAUACACCCCUGCAAAAAUCCAGCCAACACCACUUGCAGCCUUGCCUGAGAGGCUAGCAAUAGAGAAACCAGCCUUAUCUACCAGCGGACCCUCCAGUGGCACCUCUGAUGUUACACCAUCUCCAAAAGAAUCUAGCUUGAUAUAAAAUUUGGUGAUUAAACCCUUACUGAGAAGAAAUGAAGCACUUCACACAAAAUUGGAAGCAUCUUCCUUCAAAAACAAUCUUCAGUGUGCAUUUUUAAUGGUAGAAAAGCAAACUAAACCUUGACUCAACUCUCCAAAGCCAUUCAUGUCUCUGUCUGUCUUGGUGCACUUACCUGUAUAUAAAUUUAAAUACUCUUAGCUAGUGCACACUGUAUAUAUUCAGCUGAAAAGUCUGUUCUCAUUUUCUAAAAUAUUUAAGGCAAAGAGGUUUACUCAGCAGUUCAAUGAAUUGCACAACUUUAAUGAAAAAGCUGCACGCCGGUUUUCCCAGUGUCUGUUUACUAUAUAUGUAUACUAAGCAAAAAGAAAAACGCCCCAACCCAAUAGUAUAUAUUAUAGUGGCUCUCAAAGCGCCAUUGUAGUUGUCAUUAUAAACUCCUAUUUUCAAGGGGUUUAUAAUGUGACUGUGAAUUUUUUUCCUGGGCUGAAAUUUGAUGCACAUGAUCUUGGUUAGGAGCAUUUUUUUAUUUGAAUACAUUUCCAAAGAAAUCGCUUGGCUCUUUGAGUUAAACAAGAGCUUCUUGCAUUUGAAUUUUUUAAUACCAUAUAUGCUGCAGUAACUAGGCACAAUGGGGUGAAGUAAGGAUAGUGUAUUUUCACUUUGAAUCUCCUUGUUGUUUGUUUACAUCAGACUCCUAACAUUUGAAUAUACUUUUUAUUUUGUUGUUUAAUAUACACGGUUAUAUAAGGUAUAUGUCUGUAUAUCCUCCUACAGAAAAGAUUUCUGUUUAUAUAUUUUCUUAUUCUAAGAAAUUCUUUUGUUUACUGAAGAAGAUGCCUUUAUUUGCUACAUAGGUUUGUUUUUUAAAAAGUCACUUAAAAAAAGGCCACAUUAAAAGACAAGGUUUUUAAGGAGCGAUUACAGUUGGUCUGGUAUCUAACUCUAAAUACCCCAUCUGUAGGUGGUGCAUCCUACUGCCCUUUCAUAUUAAAGAGAAACUGCAGUGUUACCAGAAUGUUUAAUGUUUCCAAGUUUAUCUGACUACUUAAGCUUCAGCAUUUUCUGUAAUGUUCAUACCAUUGGCAUUCUAAACGCAGCUGUUGUCAGUGGCUCUCAUUAAGACUGUUGAAGACUUUAUUAGAACUAUGAGAAGCUUUAGCAACUCAGAUUAUGCUUUUAAAUGGUCAGAUUUUGAAGAGCAAUCAUCCAGGUUCAGCAGUUCUGUGCUUUCAUCUGUGGCAUUUAGAAUUAUAGAAUGUAUUCAAAAUGUCAUUGUCCCCUUUUGAAAGUUCAAGCGGCUGAUUAUUAAUAAUAACUUUAUAAACUGCAAGUUAGACUUUUUUUCCAGUUUAAAUUACAAGAGAUCUAGUGUCAAAGAAAUAUUUAAGCAUAAGAGCCUUGUUUUCCUUAUCCAGAAAUUCUCAGUGUAACUACAGUUACACUAUGAACUUGCCAUAGAGUCAGUACAAAUCUUUAAAUAGGGCACAUGUGAAAUGGCUUCUAGAAAAUAGUCCUAUUAAGUGCUGACUAAAUAAAUUAUACCAAAAACAUAAAGGGUUCACAGCUAUAUAUUUCAAACAUUUCAUUUUCUAUAAUGUAACCAUGUAGUAUUGACAAUGUUUGUCUUGCACACAUUUGAAUGUACACAUCAUGUUUACUGUUUUUUAAAAACACUAUUAAAAUUAAGCGUGCAUAUCAUUCCAGUCAACCAAAGCUCUGGUAUAAAAAUUUUGAUGCGCUCCUAAAUAAAAAACAAGGUUAAUGGCUAA